AUGGUGGCUCGACAGGAAGGCCCCCAUCAGAAACUGGCCUGUAAUCGGAAUGGUGCCGGGGCUUCUUCAAAACGCAAGGUGGAUGCACGAAUUCGCCACCGACAAACUGAGGCAAGCCGGUGGACAUAUAACUUCAAAGGACCCUGGUUCGCCGAUAUGGACCUCGUCGUCACCAGUGAUCCGAUGAACAUUCACCACAUCUGCAGCAGAAACUUUGCCAACUAUCCCAAGGGCCGUGAGUACAAGGAGAUUUUUAAACCCCUGGGAGAGGGCAUUUUCAAUGCCAACGGUGAAAUGUGGAAAAUUCAGAGGAAAAUGCUGCAUUCGUUGUUCAAAAACAACAAGUAUGAGUCGGCUUUAGUUAGAACCAUCAACAGAAAAGUGGAAAAUGGCUUGUUCCCGUUCUUGAUCAUGCCUCAGAGAUCCGACCUGGGUUCUCUUUCUGUUGGAUUUCCACCGAAUGAGUAUGAAAAGGCGUAUAACAAGAUGGAGGAGGCAGCUUUUUACCGGAAAUCGUGCCGGAGAGUUGUUGGAAGCUGCAAAAAUGGCUUCAAGUUGGAGAAGAGAAAAAGUUUCAGAUUGCUUAUGAAACUUUUUUUAAAAUUCUUGCGAGACUGCAUCUCGGUGAAGAAAGAAAGAUUAAGCUGGCGGAGAAAAGCCGAUGAGGAGGAGGAAGAAGAAGAAUUUGACUUAUUAACAGCCCUUUUGGAAGAAUAA